AUGUCGCAAAUUGGCAAUAUUCGAAAGCUGCGGCAAAAAGCGGUGCAGCAAGAACUCAACCGAGUUGUGCCUGCGACGCUCUUCAACGACGAUGUGACGGAAAAGUCGUUCACCAACCUGUCGGCUGUGGAGGACAGUCUGGCGGAUUAUGGCUCCGAAAUCACCCGCACGGCCAUGUACAAUGUGACGCGAUUGGCAGCAAGACCCGAUCUAUCAGGAGUGGAGAUUGCUUUUGAUUCCGGUGAGCAUGUGAGCUCAUCGCUAUCUGACGACUUUGGGCUGGUGGUUGUGGGGAACAAGGCACAUGUGUGGAAGUACACAUCUCCUGAGCCGACCCCAGAGACCUUUACACAUAGUCUGGGAGUCCAGGAUAAUGCUCUGGGUCACCUGAUCCCCGUGACGCCGAGUUUCAAGGACGUUGGACAUCCCGGUCUGGUGCUAGUGGGUGUCAAUUCUGGUUUGUGUGUCUUCUGGGAGUCAGUGGGAGGUGCAGCUGCUGAAGGGUACCUGCGAACACGACAGCAGGUGGAGACCCAGAUUAAGCUAUACAGUGGUGAGGUGAUUGAGCACGUGAACCGCAUGGACGAUGUCACGCUGGUGCUGUCUCUGUCCUCGGGCCGUCUCAUUGGCCUCUCUCUUCGAGAUAAGGACGAGGCUGCUCUCAACUACUGGACUCUGCGAGACACAAAGGCCGGCCUGUUGAGCAACAUUCGAUCCGCCUUUUCCGUGUCUUCCAACAGACGUGGAAUCACUGGAGUCCGAGUGGUUCCCUCUACGAACCGCAGCUGGCGCAUCUACGUAGCCACCUCGGAGUGCCAUCUUGGAGUGUGGGAGGUGACAGAGGGUGGAGAUGCCACCAUUUUGGCAGACAAGGACCUGAAGCCCAUGCUUUCGGCUGACGUGUCUACUCUCUACAACACUUCGUCUAUCUACCUGCAUGACAUUGAAUACGUUGCCGAGGAGGAUUAUCUCGUGGUGCUGACUUCCAUUCUCGUCGACAAUUCCAUCUUCUACAUCAUCUACACCAUCGAUCUCCACAAAGACAAGGUUGUCAGUCGUCACAGAGUGCAGUCGUACGUUAGACCAGGACUGGACAGGGGCACUCCUAGACUAGCUCGACCCUCUCCAGGCGAUACGCUCUAUGUGGUUCUGGACCAUGCCGUGGUGCUCAUCGACAUGGUCACGCGAUCUAACCUCAACUUUGUGGAGUACGGCAAGUGGGAGGAUUCGAUUUUGCUGAAACCCACUGUGUCGAUUCUAGGCUUUGGAGCCGAAGACAAGAACCGAAGUCGUGACUCCGCCAUUGUGGCCAUCACAGACGCGGCCGGCGUGCUGAAAAUCACCCGGUUCCCCGAACAGGACGACAAGGAGCAAACUAGAAGCUUGAACACGCUCGAGCGUGGCAUCUGCAAGUCACGAAUCGAGCAGGGCGUGUUUUUUGCCGGUGGCGACUUUACGCCUCUGCAGUUUGCUGCCACUGGAGAGUAUGAUGUCAAGUUCCCCGAUGACGUUGUCCGACGUGCACUGUUGCAGGUGUCGCAUGAAAUCUGCACGUCUACAUCGUCCCAUCUGGAGGGCCGAUUCCCUGGACUGGGCUUCAGUUUGGAAUUCCGAGUGGACCGGCUGCGAAUCCUGAACCAGUACGCCUACGACAACUUCGCGUCCCAGCUCGACGUUGCUACAAAGCUAACUCUGGCGUCCAAUGCCGAGAAACUCGCGGCUUGCGAGGCCAUCUGGGCUAUGCUGGACGUCAAGGACGGCUACAUUGUGCUGGAAAACAUCAUUGUCAAGAGUGUUGACAAGAACCAGAACACGGACCAGGACCCCGUGCAGGAUUUUUUUACCAGCCGCACCCUUGAGGCUGCCAACCUGAUCUACGGCGUGUUCGACAAUAUUCAGCAGCCCAACAUGGGCUCCAUCUUCGCUGCUACUGUGGGGUCUGCAAUUAGCGCCAUUCUCACUGCACGAGAGGAGUCUCUUUCUGCUUUGCGUGUUUCCAACGACGACACUGGCGAGAAUUGCCCUUGGUGGUGUGAAUCUCGUAUGAUGGAGACUUGGGACUCACUGUUCCGGUUCAUCGCCAACAACACGAACGAUCACAGACCACUGGGUCCCCUAGCCCAGUCUCUGUGUAGCCAAUCUGUCGUGGCUAUCACCUGGGCCCGAAAUUCAGGCAACGACUGGCAGGCAUACGAAAACACAUACCACCAGCGACGUGGAGACUGGAUUAAGGCAGUCGUUUCGGUGGGUCAAGUGAGCCAGGCGCUGCAUAUCUGUGAGACGUUCCGUCUGUACCGAUGUUUGGCCGAGAUUCUCGACCACGAUCUGCGAGUGGCUAUCACCAACAACAAUAAGCAGAGCGAGAGCGACGCGGAAUACGCCAUUCGAAAGUACCUGCAUAACUUUGGCUACGACUUUGCUUCGCAGCUUUACUCGUACUGGAUUGAGACCCGCGACUUUGAGAGCCUGUUCACCCGGUUUCAGGACUAUCGGGAAAUGCUGAAGCAAUAUUUCCGGUCCAGUAACCACGCCAACAUUUCGUGGAUUCUCUCCCUUGGCUUGGGAGAAUACCAGUCGGCAGCCGAGGCUCUUGUCCAGGCGGCCAAGGAAGGCCAAGAUACCAUUCCAGGAGGGGACCUCCGAAACCGGCUUGUGCAGCUCAGUAUGGCCAAGCUUGCAUUCAUGCAAGCUCGAUCUGGCACCAGAAUGGAUCCUUCGCGUGAGCAGACCGAGGUGAACAAUGAGCUCAAUCUCAGUUUGAUCCAGAAACGGCUUGCUGAACACAUCUCUGGCCACGUGCAGGGCACCCAGAUUUUCAGUGAGCAGAUUCUCAGCCCCCAACUUCCAAAGGGUGUGACUGAUGCCGCUAAGAAGCUGGUGACCAAGGUGGUUCAGAAGAAGGUGCUGACCAGCCUGGAGCUCGUUGAACUGUGCAGCUGUGUGAUUGGAUUCUCAGAAGAAGCUCUGCAGGCCAUUUCUGACAGCAAUAACGCAAAGACCAGCAUCAUGAGCCUCACUGUGUGGGUUCGGGUUCUUCUUGAAACGGACUGGAUGGAGGUUCUCGACAAGUCAGACCGGACAGAUCAGGAACAGGAGGCUCUUCUCCUUGACACUCCUCUUUUCCAGCUUCUCAAGUACGCGUUUGACACUGGACUGAUUGGUCAGCAAAACAGUCCUCUCCAGGUGCCCAACUUUGAAAACUUGCACAAGCCCAACUCGGCCACCUUGGCUUCUGAGGAACGGUUCCGGACCAACCUCGAUUCCGAUCUAUUGAGCGAGUUCGAUGCGGCUCUCAAGGUUUUGGACACGGGUGACACUCGACGAAGUGUGGUGGGGCUGGUCAACCGGGCCAAGUUGGACGCCCAUAGCACGUAG